AUGGCGUCCACCAAACAGACAAUUGCUCUCAUAACAGGCGCAAAUACAGGCAUAGGCCUUGCCGUGGCCACCAAGUUAGCCGCGCACGGCUUCCAUGUCAUCAUUGGGUCGCGAAAUGCUGAAGCAGGUCGAAAAGCUGCUGCUUCCAUUGUCGCGAAUGGAUCGCAAGCUUCUUCGGUCCAACUCGAUGUUACCUCAGACGAGUCAAUCGCCGCGGCAGUGAGCUGGAUCGAGCGCGAGUCCGGCGUGUUGGACGUGCUCAUCAACAACGCAGGCAUCCUGAUCGAUUAUGUCCCAGGGUUCACCGACGCAUACAAAGACCUCUCAACAAGGGAACUGUUCAGCCAGACGUUCAGCACAAACGUCAUCGGGGCUGCCUGCUUGACCGAGGCAUGUUUGCCUCUGCUGCGCAAGUCCGAGUGUCCGCGCCUGAUCUUCGUAUCCUCGCGCAUGGGAUCGCUGGCCGAAGCGACGAAUAAGUCGACCCCGUUUUACAGCACCGAUUACAAGGCGUAUGACUCCAGCAAGGCGGCUCUCAAUAUGCUGUGUCUCAAUUACGCCCGAAUUCUCGAGGAUCAAGGCGCCAUGGUGAACGCCAUGUGUCCGGGGCUGGUCAACACUAAGCUCGUGAAUCACUUGAUGGGAGAAUCGCCAGAGUUGGGUGCAAAGCGAAUCGUGGAGCUCGCGACGGCCGAAAAGGGAGGACCAACUGCGACCUUCUCGGACAGAGACGGUAUAGUGCCUUGGUAG